AAUUCUUUUUUAAAAAUGGGAGUUUAAUCCUAGUUGGUGAGCUACAAUCCAGCUGCCAUGUAUUGACUUGGCUUAGUUCAUGGAAUGCUCGUUCUUGUUGGGUCCAUUUUUUCUUUGGUCAUCUCUAAAUUUCCACCACCAAUGUCAAAAACUUGUACAACUUAACAUUUUCUUGUUCAAAAUUUGGUUCCAUUUCUGCUUAUAAUUAUAAAAGGUAGCACGGACGCGGACACGGGAAACGGGACACUCGGACAUGGAUACCACGAAACUGUGUUAUUUUAAGGUUUUUUUAUGUAAAAAUGAAGUUUUGUGUCUGAAAUGUCAAAUGUCUCAAACGUUUCCGAAAUGGGACACUUUAAUUGAAUGAAGUGUUCGUGCUACCUAAAUGCUGAUAUGGAACUUUGGAACCAAAAAACGAAAUGUAGUUCGAAUUGCGAAAUUUAGAAGAUCGUGUUGAAAUUGCAAAAUAUGCUAUAGUUAAUGAUUCCAAGAAAAUAUGUGAGGGAGUUGAACAUUUAGGUGCUAUGAAGUGCUUUCACUUAGCCAACAAAGAGAAAAUGGAAGAGCAAAAGACUACAAAAUCUGUUUCUGCUCACUCUAAUUCUUCAACUUCCAUGUCUAUGUCAAAUGAACUUGAUAUGAAGAAAUCAGGGUCUGAGUUCAAUUCUCAGAAUAUUUCCGAUUUUAGCACGGAAUCCUCCACAAAGAACUCUUUUGCUGCUUUAUCUCAAAGACAAAGUAAUCUUAGAGUCUUUACAUUCUCAGAGUUGAAAACUGCUACGAAGAAUUUUAGCCGCUCACUCAUGAUCGGAGAGGGUGGUUUCGGAAGUGUGUAUAGGGGAGUAAUUCGAACCACUGAAGAUCCGAGUAAGAGAAUAGAUGUUGCUGUUAAACAACUUGGUAAAAGAGGGCUGCAGGGACACAAGGAAUGGGUGACAGAAGUAAAUGUUUUAGGAGUCGUUGAACAUCCAAAUCUAGUCAAAUUAGUCGGAUACUGUGCCGAGGACGAUGAAAGAGGAAUUCAGCGGCUGCUAGUGUAUGAAUAUAUGCCUAACAGAAGUGUGCAGGAUCACUUAUCGAGUCGACUUCAGACACCUCUUCCUUGGUCUGCCAGAGUCAAAGUCGCCCAAGAUGCCGCCCGAGGUUUAGCGUACCUUCAUGAAGGAAUGGAUUUUCAGAUAAUCUUCAGAGAUUUCAAGUCUUCCAACAUACUUCUCGAUGACCAGUGGAAUUCAAAGUUGUCAGACUUUGGGUUGGCGAGAUUGGGGCCUAUAGACGGGUUAAGCCAUGUAUCAACUGCGGUUGUUGGAACCAUUGGAUAUGCAGCACCUGAAUACAUUCAAACAGGACGUCUCACAUCUAAAAGUGAUGUAUGGGGAUAUGGAGUUUUUCUUUAUGAACUUAUCACCGGCAGGCGUCCGAUAGAUCGAAACCGCCCAAAAGACGAACAGAAACUCUUAGAAUGGGUACGGCCACACCUGUCUGAUUUAAACAAGUUCGCGUUUAUUUUGGAUCCAAGACUCGAGGGGAAGUACAAUCUGAAGACUGCACAAAAACUCGCUGCUGUAGCCAACCGGUGCUUGGUUCGUCAGGCGAAAUCACGACCCAAAAUGAGUGAAGUUCUGACAAUGAUAAACAAAAUUGUGGACUCGGCUGACUUAGGAAGUCCAUUGCUCCCUGUAAAAAGCUUGGCUCCGAAAGAUGAAUCUCGAGGGGAAAGAUUAAUAAGAAAGCUUCUGCAUCCCGAAAUCGGAGAGAAAAUGUGGCUGGCUUGGAGAAGAUGGAAAUCAAAACUAAUUAGGCCAUGUUGAGAAAAAUCAGGUCAGAUACUAAUUCUUCUUGUUCUCAUGAUGCAGUAAGGCAAUCUUUUUUGAUGUGUAUGUAAAUUACUCUGUUUUUGAGGAAUAUAAUUGUAAAUGAUUUAUAUAUAUAAAUCAGAUCAUGAAUAGUUUUCUUGUUUGUAA